CGGGCUCCCCGCCCCGACUAGCGCAUGACCAUCCUGGCAGCGGUCGAUGCAGCCAUUGGAGCCCCGGGCAUCCAACACGCCCAUCGGCACUAGCCAUCGAGCUUCGUCCCCUUCUACCCUCAUCGGCUGAUGCCGGAGCAGCCAGCUAGGGCCGGGUGAAGCCACCGCGGGGCCUUUCGAGCUCUGAGAACUGGCCAGCCCGAGCAGGUGGCCACUUGGACCGGGGUGGUGUGGCCGCCUGCCGGGGGAGCCCGCCGCGGCCUUUCACUUCUCCGAAAUCUGCGGGAGCUUCUGCUCCUUCCUCGGUUCGGUGGUUGGGCCUGGUGACUCCCAGCAGGGGGGACGCAACGCUUUUUGCCCUGUCUGGACCCCCAUCCCCUGGGCUUAAGGGGCCGCGCUGGCGAGGCCGACAAGAGGUUUCCAAGCGCAUAAUUUAGAGGGCCCAAAGCCUCAGGACUGGCCCUGGCAACCGGCCCACCGUAGGCUUCCGCCAGGAGGCCUCCCAGAUGCCCCGGCUUAGUUCCGGGGCUGUCAGCUUGGCAAUAGAGCAUGCGCAGAGCGCCGCUUCCGGGCCCUCACCGCCACCAAGCCUUUCCCUCUCGGUGGUACUUGGGAGGACUCGUGCGCUUUCCGGUCACUUGACGGAAGUUGGCAUCAGCAUGGCGGCCUCCUGUGAGACAGACACCGACACCGAGGCGGAGACGGAAGCCCCGGAGCCCCGGGAGCGGGACACCCCCGAGGACGUAGUGUUGGAGGCUCCGGCCAACGGGCUCGCCUUCCACCCGGCGCGGAACCUCCUGGCCGCCGGCGACGUGGACGGGGACGUGUUCGUCUUCGAGUACUCCUGCCGGGAGGGAGAAACCAAGGAGCUCUGGUCCUCGGGACACCAUCUCAAGUCCUGCCGGGACCUGGCCUUCUCCGAAGACGGACGGAAACUUGUCACCGUUUCCAAGGAUAAAGCCAUUCACAUCCUGGAUGUUGAGCAGGGGCGGCUGGAUCAGCGCACUUCCAAGGCUCACAGUGCAGCCAUCAACAGCCUGUUGCUAGUAGAUGAGCACCUGUUAGCUACAGGGGAUGAUAGUGGCAGGAUUCGGCUCUGGGACCAGAGGAAAGAGGGUCCAAUCAUGGACUUGAAGCAGCAUGAGGAAUACAUUGCAGAUAUGGCUCUGGACCCUGCUAAGAAGCUGCUUCUUACUGCUGGUGGGGAUGGUUGCCUUGGUGUCUUCAAUAUCAAGCGGCAUCGAUUUGAACUUCUAUCAGAAGCACAGAGUGGGGACUUGACCUCUGUUACACUCAUGAAGAGGGGAAAGAAAGUUGCCUGUGGCUCUAGCGAGGGGACCAUCUACCUCUUUAACUGGAAUGGUUUUGGAGCCACCAGUGACCGGUUUGCCCUGAAGGCAGAGUCAGUUGACUGUAUUGUGCCCAUCACGGACAAUCUACUAUGCACAGGCUCUACGGAUGGGAUCAUACGGGCAGUGAAUAUCUUGCCUAACCGAGUUGUGGGCAGUGUGGGACAACAUGCUGGUGAGCCUGUGGAACAGUUAGCCCUCUCCCACUGUGGUCAGUUUCUUGCCAGCAGUGGCCACGACCACCGGCUCAAGUUCUGGAACAUGACACAACUUCGUUCAGUGGUAGUGGAUGAUUAUAGGAAGCGAAAGAAGAAAGGCGGCCAACUGCAGGCUCUGAGCAGCAAGGCCUGGGGCAUGGAUGAUUUCUUUGCUGGACUUAAGGAAGAGGAAGAGACAGUGCCUGAUGCAGCUGAAGAAGAAAGUGAGGACAGUGACUGAGGGGAAGGUAGUGGGGAAUCAUCCAGGCCUGUUGCAGCUGAGGAAAUCAGGCCCUGCUCUCUUUGACACCAGUUACUAAAGCCUGUUCAAGGACCUUCUACAGAGACUGCUUCAAGAAAAAUGGAGACUGAGGCCACUCUGGUUCUGAGACAAAGGAGGGAGGAGGCAGAUUAAAACCACUAAGCUCAGUA